GAGGCGCACUGCAGAUGCCUGUUGUCAGACAGGUCUUUUGAGAAUUUCUGUGGAGAGUCAAACACAGACGUCAGAAAUAUAGGCACCAACGAUCAGACUCAGACUAGGUCAUGGGUAAUGCAAAGAGCGGAGCUGUGUCCAAGGAGCUUCUGCUGGACCUGAAGCUUACCACCAAGUUCAGUGAGGCCGAGAUCACACAGUGGUACGAAAACUUCCAGAAGCAGUGUCCGAGCGGACGCAUCACACCGGCCGAGUUUGAGGCCAUUUACUCUCGAUUCUUCCCGGAGAGCGACGCCAAGAGCUACUCCCAGCAUGUCUUCCGCUCCUUCGAUACCAAUGACGACGGCACACUGGACUUCAGAGAGUACAUCGUGGCCCUACACAUGACCUCGUCUGGCAAGAUGACGCUGAAAUUGGAGUGGGCCUUCUCACUGUUUGACGUGGACAAGAAUGGAUUUCUCACUAAGUCAGAAGUCUGUGAGAUAUGCCAGGCAAUCUUCAAGCUGAUUCCCAAAGACAAAGUCGCAGAUCUCCCAAAUGAUGAAAACACUGCAGAAAAGAGGGCAGCCAAACUCUGGGGAUUCUUUAAAAAGGAUGAAAAGGACAGAGUUGCUGAGGGAGACUUUAUCGAUGGCGUAAUGGCGAAUGCUGAUGCGAUGCGGCUUAUUCAGUAUGAACCUAAUAAGUAAAGAGUCGAGACCUUUCCAUUCCCAAAUGCUAUUAUUGACACAAAUAGACUUGCAAGUGCUUGCAUAGUAUAGUAAGAUCUUAGUGUGAUUAUCGAAGAUCUCAUUGUAAAUACUGUAUAUAUUUCCAAA